AUGCCCAGCGCCCGGCACUGCGCAGUGCGGCCCCCGGUGCGGGUGCCCGCCGGCGGGGUGCCUGGUGCUGUGCCGGUGCCCACUGGUGCCAUGCACGGUGCCGUGCCCAGCACCCGGUGCUGCGCCUGGUGCCAUGCCGGUGCUAUGCCCAGCGCCCGGCACUGCGCAGUGCGGCCCCCGGGCGACUUCGUGGACAGGGGUUACUACAGUCUGGAGACUUUCACUUUCCUCCUGGCGCUCAAAGCAAAGUGGCCCGACCGCAUCACGCUGCUGCGGGGCAACCACGAGAGCAGGCAGAUAACGCAGGUGUACGGCUUUUACGACGAGUGCCAAACCAAGUACGGGAACGCCAACGCCUGGAGAUACUGCACCAAAGUCUUCGACAUGCUCACCAUAGCAGCUUUAAUAGACGAGCAGAUUCUCUGUGUGCACGGCGGCCUCUCCCCAGACAUCAAGACACUCGAUCAGAUUCGAACCAUCGAACGUAAUCAAGAAAUUCCUCACAAAGGCGCCUUCUGCGACCUCGUUUGGUCCGACCCGGAGGACGUCGACACGUGGGCGAUCAGCCCGCGAGGAGCAGGCUGGCUCUUCGGUGCCAAGGUGACGAACGAGUUUGUUCACAUCAACAACUUAAAGCUCAUCUGCAGAGCACACCAGCUCGUCCACGAGGGCUACAAAUUCAUGUUUGAUGAGAAACUGGUGACGGUGUGGUCUGCUCCAAACUACUGCUACCGCUGCGGAAACAUCGCCUCCAUCAUGGUCUUUAAAGACGUAAAUACGAGAGAACCAAAGCUGUUCCGCGCCGUGCCGGACUCAGAACGUGUCAUUCCUCCCAGAACAACCACGCCGUAUUUCCUCUGAGACCUCUCCCCACCGCUGCCUCCCUCCUCCCU